AUGGACGGUGACGCGAAUUUCGACGCAGCGGACGUGCAGGCCAUGAUGAACGGCGGGAUGAAAGAGUUAAAGCUCAACUUCUCGCGGCCAGUCACGAGCAAACGGGUGAAGAAGGCGCGCCAGAAGAGGAUCGAGGCGAAGAGGAGGCAGAGAGCAGCUGGCGAGGAAGAGGGCGAGAGGGCGCACCAGGAGGAGAUCGUCCGUAUGAACAAGGAGGCGGGCGGCGUAACGGGGACUGUGGCGAACAUCUUCGAGCACGGUGCCCACAGCGUAAGGAGGCUGGGUGAGAAGGGCGACGCCAUAUUCGACGCUGACGUCGAGGAGGAGGCUCAGGAGGACGAGAUCAUGGACAACCUAAGGCAGAUCUGGCCCUGGUUCACCAUCAUUGAGGUGCUCAUGUGCCUCGGCUUCUAG